GUAAGCGUCGUGGGUUUGACGGAAAGUUGUACAGUAAUUUUGUGGAAAAAGUGUAGUGUUGUGGAAGAAAAAAAAAUCAGAGGAAAGUACAGCAUGUGUGCAAAUGGGCAACAAACACAAUCGAACAAAUAGAUUGACAAGAAAGUCUCCGUACUUUUAUCGAGCAGCGGCUUGAAAUUGAAGAGCGGAAUUUUGUUGUUGCGGUUUUUCUUGAAGAGCAGGGAUAUUACCCAUAAUUAUUCCAUUGUAAAUCUGGAUUCAAUUCCGGAUCAGGAAUCUCAGCAGAAAUACAUUUAUCAACCAUUUCUGGCGUCAGGAAUUUGUGUUUCAAUGUCAUCAACAGAUGAAUGUGCAUUAAACCACGCUUUUGCGACUCAAUUGUGUAUACAAAUACUUGUGUUUCCCCGAAGAAUUUUUGACGAAUUAUCAAAUCAAGCAAAUGCUUCUUAGAUAUGAUCGACGAGCAUAAGAAUGAUGAAAGGACGGAUCGCGAGAUUAAAGCAGGUGAAAAAAAACCUCUGUUUUCGUCGAACGAAGCCAUAGAUGCAAUAAAUGUGUUUGAUUCGACCGUAGAAGUUAUUGGAUUUAUUGAUGCGUGUGAGAGUCCGAAAACGGUCGGAUCAACAAAAAAAUACAAAAUCAUGAAGUUUGUAAUCAACAAUGGAGCCGGGAGACGGAUCCAAUGCUUGGCAUGGGAGGACAACGUCAAAAAAGUCGUAGAUGUCAUCGGCAUAAAUAAGAUUAUCCACCUGGACAGAGUUGCGGCAAAAAAGAUUGAACCAAAGUACAAUCUUGGGAAUGUUGACUUCGAACUCUCGAUCAGACAAUCUACGGAAAUUAUAGAGAAAGGGUGGUACAAAACCAAUGAGGGUGGACAAGACGAAGCGGUAGCGGUGGAAACAGAAUGGAAAAAUAUUGCGGAAAUGGAGGGCAAAAAGAUAAAAAUUCAGGGUUGGAUUAAAUCGACUUUCGAAUAAACACGUCAUAAAAGUGGCCAAGCCACAUUCGGAAUAGGAGCGGUGACUGACGGAAAAGAAAAACUGGAGGUGCGCAUCACCGCCUGGACUGAAAUGAAUUCAGAUUUUAAGAAAGGGCAGGCAGUUGAGAUGACCGGAAUAUUAAAAAGUGACAACUAUACAUACCUGUAAGUCGCGAAUGGGGCUGCAAUUAUAGUAUCGGCGGGAAUGGCAAUGCAGCCAGAACAAAUGAUUAAUAUUACUGCGACUCCCCAAAAAGUAUUUAUAAAUAAUUUUUCUUAAAUAAUGACAAUAUUGAAAUUCGUUUUUAUUUUCGCUAUAAAACACAUACUUACUAUAAUUUUUUUUUUGACGAUAAAGAUAAUAAUUGAUGUAUUCAUGCCAGGAGUAUAUAA